GCUGGGGGCGAUGGAGAAGCAGAGACAUCAACAGAAGUUUCUCACCUUGGAAAGCUAGGGACUCUCCUGCCUCAAGCACAGCUCUGCCUCAGCGCAGGAGCAAGGGGUCCAACCCAGACCUUGCAGCGGCUCACUCUUCAGGCUGGCCUGGGGGCUGCUGGGCGCCACUAGCAUUGGCGGUCUUCUUAUGUUUUCUGCAAGGAGAAAGAGGCCGAGGGACAGCGUGGUGCUGGAGAGCUGACCCCAGCGCCGCGGGCCUUGGAGAGGUUGGGCGAAGACGAGCGAGCUGCGCUGGGGACUCCAUGCGGGGCCAUGGACAGAGCGGCUCUCCUGGCCCUGCCCCGCCUGUGCGCGCUGUGGGCGGCCCUGCUCGCGCUCUUCCCCUGCGGAGCUCACGGCAGCUGGAUGUGGCUGGGCAUCGCCUCCUUUGGGGUUCCGGAGAAGCUGGGCUGCGCCAACUUGCCGCUGAACAGCCGCCAGAAGGAGCUGUGCAAGAGGAAGCCCUACCUGCUGCCCAGCAUCCGCGAGGGCGCCCGGCUGGGCAUCCAGGAGUGCAGGAGCCAGUUCCGGCACGAGCGCUGGAACUGCGAGGUCGCCGCGGCCGCGGGGCCCGCGCUCGGCGCCGCGCCCCUCUUCGGCUACGAGCUGAGCAGCGGCACCAAGGAGACAGCAUUCAUUUAUGCUGUGAUGGCAGCAGGCCUGGUCCACUCUGUGACCAGGUCGUGCAGUGCAGGAAACAUGACCGAAUGCUCGUGUGACACCACCUUGCAGAGUGGUGGCUCCACGAGUGAAGGCUGGCACUGGGGGGGCUGCUCCGAUGACGUCCAGUAUGGCAUGUGGUUCAGCAGAAAGUUCCUGGAUUUGCCCAUCAGAAACACCACAGCAAAAGACAGCAGGGUACUGUCAGCAGUGAAUCUGCACAACAAUGAAGCUGGAAGGCAGGCUGUCGCCAAGUUGAUGUCAGUAGACUGCCGCUGCCACGGAGUUUCUGGCUCCUGUGCUGUGAAAACAUGCUGGAAAACCAUGUCUUCUUUUGAAAAGAUUGGCCAUUUGUUAAAAGAUAAAUAUGAAAAUAGUAUCCAGGUAUCAGACAAAAUAAAGAGAAAGAUGCGAAGGAAAGACAAAGAUCAGAGGAAAAUACCGAUCCGCAAGGAAGACCUGCUGUACGUUAACAAGUCCCCCAACUACUGUGUGGAGGAUAAAAAGCUGGGAAUCCCAGGGACACAAGGCAGGGAGUGCAACCGUACGUCAGAAGGGGCAGACGGCUGCAACCUCCUCUGCUGCGGCCGAGGCUACAACACGCAUGUGCUCAGGCACGUGGAGAGGUGCGAAUGCAAGUUUGUCUGGUGCUGCUACGUCCGCUGCAGGAGGUGUGAAAGCAUGACAGACGUCCACACUUGUAAGUGACCGCUCCAUCUAGCCCGGAACAAUGCGCCUCAGCGACAUGACGGGAUCACAAGCCAAAGGAUGCCUCUUUUGUAUUGGACUUUCCAGAUCUCUGGCCUAUUUGGUAUUUGCUUUGCCUGAGUGACAUCCAAUCAUGCAUCCGUCCUUCACACUUCUUGAGAUUUUAAAGUUGAAAAAGUUUCCAUUUAUCUUUGGAUGAUUUGGAGGAUACAGGUUGACAUAUAAAAGGAAGACAAGCCCAUUUGCUAAGGAAGAGUUGGCCCAUACUCAGGAUAAGAUUCUCAGCUGUGGAUCUCAGCUAUGGAAAUCAAUAAUGGUGGGUGAUUACUACUCAUUUUUAGAUGUCUCUUACAGGAACAAAGGACAUAAAGAUGAAUCUCAUUUAUUCUCAGUAUUUUAAUUGAAAAAAUACAUAAAGUGUUUUGCAUGGGCAGAUGUUGAAAAGUUAAUCUGAGGGGUGGGUGCUUGCCCUUUUAUGCACACCAAAGGAACGAUUGCAAAGAACCUUUUUAAGUGAUACAAUAUCUCUAAAAAGUAGUCAGUAGAGUUGUGUGCUAACAAAAAAAAAGUAUAGAAACUAAAAUCAGUUGGAUUUUAAGUGCCUUCUUACCACUAUAACCUGCCUAGAAAAACCUCCAUAAGUACAUAGCACUCUUUUAUUUUAUACCACUGUUCACUGUUGAAAAAUUCAACUCUAAGGGAUAGAGGAAGGGAGACCCUAAAAUCAUAGGAAAUGUGAGGGAAAGAUAUAAAGGGCUCUUAUCAUUGUAAAGAAAACAUCCUUUAUCUGUGUAAAAACAGUAUUUUGUAUAGUAUUUUGCUGAAAAAGAUUUAUAUUUUGUAAAUAUAGUAUUUAAGUUAUACAUCAUAUAUUACAUACAAUUUAGGACAUUUAUUGCCAAAGCCCAAAACCUUAGGCAAUAAGAUUAGCCUCUUUUACUUUUCAUGAUUAACACUAACUUCUUUAAUAUUGAGAAAAUAGGCAAUUGAGCAAUUAGUUAUACAAAUGUGUCUUGCCAAAAUGAAAUUUUUAUGUUAUAGAUUAAAAUGUGCUGCAGAAUAUUGAGAAGUAUGUUACUUCAGUAGCCAGAUUAAUUGAAUUCAUUUUUUACAUUAGUUUUCUAAAUUCAUAAGGUUAUUAUAAUAAAUUAUAUAGUAAAAGUCUUAACUGAAAAAAGAAUUUAAAUCAGAUUAAUGAUCAAUUUGUAGAUUUGCUAUUCUGGAUAUUUAUUGUAUUAUAUGUAAUGCUGCACUUCCAUUUGAAUGUGGAGUGGUCUUACUUGCCUUAAUAUUCAUCCAUGUGUAUUCGCCAUAUUUUGCACAGUCCUGGUAAAAAUUACAGGGCUGUAUGUAAGGUUGUAUUUUAAUGUAAAUGCCUGUUUUAUGGAUUGUUAAUAUUUCAGUAUUAUAUAGAAAAAACAAUUUUUAUGUUCAACAUAGAGAAAGACAGAAUAUUCUUUUUCUCAAUAAGAUAAAUAUUUACAUAUCCCUGAGGUCUCAGUCUUCUUUCUUUUGGUUUUAUUUAUCCUAAUGAACAAAGACACCAGUUGACAAUGUCUCAGUUCUCAUAUUAAAAAUCAAGACUGAACAUUUAAUUGUGAUCCUUAAAAUUAAAGUAAGUUACUGCUUAUUAAUGAGAGACUUAGAAAAGGCAGCGGAACAAAUAUAGUAGUCUUCUGUAGUACAUGCUGAAUAAAGUAACAUGAGAAAACUUAUUCUCAUGCCUUUCUUGCAAAGGUGAUAAUUUUACCUUAUUGAAACUAAGCACCCGUUUUUAAAAGGAGGAAGAUUGUAAUGCCCAUUGGUGGCUAAAAAAUUAAUGAUUACCUUAACUGAUUAGAGAACCAGGCAGCCUAUAUUUUAUAAAUGUCGAUUAUUAUUCAGCCAUUUCUUCUUGAUGUUAAUGCAUGCUUUUUUUAUGCUGGUCAAGAACUCCUCCUACAGUAACUGUCAAACUGUGUCUUUGGGUUUCCUUCUUUCUCAUUCUUGGCAUCAUGGUAGAAAUCAACCUUGAGGUUUUCACCUAUCUUCCUAAUGACCUGCCCUUGGCCCCAUCAGUUCACACCCAUCAUCCCACAGUAAGGCCAAGGCUUUCCUUAGGACACAAUUCUGGUGCCAAUGAUUCUUGUCUAGGCUAUGCUAUCUGCCAGACUUAGGGUUUUUAUGCUGCAAGUAACAGAAAACCCAAUCGAGACCAAUAUAAAUUUUAAGGAAUGUACUCUGUAAUGGAAAACUAGAAUUAUAAGUUUCAGGUGAAACCUGAUCCCUCAAUUUCCGUUUCUUUCCUUGGUCCCCACUAUCACCCUCUGCCAUCCCUUCACCCUUCCCUAGUGGCCCCAGGUUCUCUGCUGUUCUGCCACAUUUCCGGGCUUCUUCACAGUCUAUCACUCAUUCUGAAGAAAUACAGGUUUCAUUCUAAGGAAAGAGAGAGGCUAAUUUGUGGUUGCAUAUCUAGAAUAAAGAAAGAACACUUUCUUUCCCAGAAAGCCCAGCAGAAUUCAUUUGAGUAUCACUGAGUCUGACUGCUUAAAUAUGCUCAUUGUUGAACCAAUCAAAAGGACUUAUUAGGGGUGGGCAGCAAGCACACUGACCUGUCUUCUGGAAAUACUAGCUCCUGCCUGGAGCCUCAGUGAAGUUUACACCAAUUAAAACUACACAGCUUGACAAUAAGGAGGGGAAGAAUCUAUAGAGGAAGACAUAGACUGCUGUGUUAUCAGUAAAGUGAGACUGAAUGCUGGGCAUCAAGAUAUUAGACAGUCCAGUUCUAGUGAUGUUUAGGGGUCAGUUUCUAGCAUAAAAUUGAAGUCAUAGCCAGUGAACACAAGCCUAAAGUAUGUGAAUUAUUAUGUGACUGAAGCUCCUUGAUUUGUUUAAAUGUCCUUUGUCAUAUUUUAAGAACAGAGAAAACUCCAGUGGGUUGUUUCUCAACUUUUUAAUUUGCAAGUGCCUAACAGAGGUAAUUAUAAGGUGCAAUGACUCACUUUUAAUGCUUAUAUUUAGAUGUCCCUGCAAAGCCUCAUGAGGUUAUAGGUGGGGCUCUUCGGAGGUGGCUGGAUCCAGAGUAUGUGGCUCUAGAAUUAAUUCAUAGUGCAACGCUAGGCUCAAAGGCACUAGGAUUAAGGGUAUAAGUGACACCUGCACUAAGCAGCGUGGGUAACAUAGAAGGAAGUAAAAGAACCGUGGUCAUUCCUUGUUGCUUUGCUGCCUUCUGCCAGCCAUGAA